CAACUGGUCAAUCCGUUCGAAGAGGCUUUCACUGUUCUGUACCAUUAGCGGCCGGCCAUUCGCGAUUUUAGUGCAGAGACAACUUGUUUGUUUCAUAUUUUUUUCAAAAUAGCUUAAAUUACGGUUAAUUAGUAAAAGUAAGCACGACAGGUGAGUGGCACAAAAUUUUCACCCUGUAAUAUGUGGACCCGUCGUGGCAAGGAAAGCGGAUGGCUGCUACUGUUAAUGUUGGCGGUGUUAAGCUGUGGGAUUGUCGUUCUCACCGAACUGCCCCGUCCAAGGGGAGUUUCGAUUUCACGGGCCAGUUUGUAUCGGGUGGAUACCAGUGGAAAGUUUGUCUGUCUGGACGGACGGAAAACCAUCCAGUGGGAGCAGGUUAACGAUGACUACUGCGACUGCGAAGACGGCAGUGACGAACCGGGAACGGCAGCCUGUCCGAAUGGGGUGUUCCACUGUACGAAUGCGGGUUAUAAACCGUUAAAUUUACCUACCAAUCGGGUGAACGACGGAAUCUGCGAUUGCUGUGAUGCUUCGGAUGAGUACGGCACGAGUGCAAACUGCGUUAACACUUGCAGUGAGCUCGGCAAGGAGGACAGACUGAGAGAAAAGCAGCGGGUUGAAAUGGCCAAAAUGGGAACCCAAUUGCGGGCGGAAAUGAGCCAACGAGGAAAGGCUAUGAAAGAGGAACAACGAGUACGUUUUGCCGAAUUGGAACGAUCAAAGAGUGAAGCAGAAGCUUUACGACAGGAGAAAGCAACUAUUAAAGAGGAUGCCGAAGCGAUCGAAGCUGCGGCUGUAAAAGUGUACCGUGACCGUGAAGAGGAAGCUCGUCGAGCCAAACAAGAGGCGGAAGCGCUGAGUAACCGAGACGAAGCAGAGGAAAUAUUCCGAAAAUAUGAUUCAAAUCAAAACCAACUGUUGGAAAUCGUCGAAUUGCAAACACGGAUCGUAUUUGAUCGCAAUCGCGAUGGAUCUGUGACGGAGGAUGAAGCUCACUAUUUCUUAGACGAUCUCGAGCAGGUGGACUUUGAGACUUUUGUUACGUUGUGUUGGCCAAAAAUUAAACCGUUUCUGAUGUUGGAUUCGGGACUCUUCAAGCCUCCUGGUGACGUAGAGGAACUUGAAGGCGAGCCUGAGGAAGCUGAACUGCAUACCGAACAGGACGACGGGUAUGAUCUAGAUGCUAGUGAACACCACCAACAAUAUCAGGAGGAAGAGAUAAAUGAAAAUGAACAGGAAGAAGAAGAGGACGACGAAGGAAUUGAUGAACAAGAAGUGGGCGAUGGACAUGUGGAGACUGCUGAAGAACCUAAAGAAGAAUAUGAUCCAGAAACAAAAGAGCUGAUUCGUAAGGCCAACGAAGCUAGGAAUCACCAUAGCGAGGCCGACAGACAUGUUCGUGAGAUUGAGCAGGAGAUGAAAAACAUUGAAGAUUUGCUCAACAAAGAUUACGGUAAAGAUGAAGAAUUUGCUCCACUGAAUGGCGAAUGUUUGAAUUUCGAAGAUCGAGAAUACGUCUACAAACUGUGUCCGUUCGAUAAAGCGAUUCAACAGCCGAAGAACGGCGGAGCUGAGACCAGAUUGGGCACUUGGGAGAACUGGGCCAAUAGUGAAUACACUGCCAUGAAAUACACCAACGGAGCCACCUGCUGGAACGGACCGGCGCGGUCCGCCUUUGUUCAGCUCGAGUGCGGCUUGGAUACCAGAAUUUUGUCCGUUUCUGAGCCGAAUCGGUGCGAAUAUGAAUACCGCAUCCAGACUCCGGCGGCUUGUUUCUUCAAGGAAGACGGUAUCAAGGAGCACGAUGAGCUGUAGAUUUUAGAAAUCGGAAAAAAUAUCGAAUAAGCAAAACAUCUGCCAACAUCAACAAAUUGAUCAUCGCUUUCGUCAGUAAAAAAAAAAAACACAAAAAAUCAUUCAUUCGAUCAGACAGCGUAAAAUUCGCAUACAAUUCAAAAUUAUUUUUUUGCCAUUGAUCAUAAAACAGUUUAAUUUGAGUUUCUGGGUGAAGGAAAAAGUAAGUCGAGAUAAUUACGAACUCAGGAAAAGUAUGUGUGCGGGAAUAUGUUCUGACAAUUUUUCAUAAAACAUUCCUUCAUUUUAUUUGAUAAAGCCAACGAAAAUUGUAACUAAGUUUUAUGUUUGAAAACAGAAAACGAAUUCGUAGUGUUCUUUGUAUUGUCAAACUGUAGAAUCUGGCUGAACAUUAAACGAGCAGACCUACUACUCAAAAA